AGGAGAUUAGAGUGCUGCACGCAAGAUUCAUAUUGGAGCUUGCACACGCAAGGUCGCGUCCCCAACCGUGGGGUUGAGAUUUCUUAUUGUGGGCAAAGAUGAUGUCCAUAACUGCUCGCUCCGGGGCGCUUUCCCCUUUCCUCCAGGCAACAAAACACGCAGUAAAAACGCUGAUGUCUCCUGGAGCCAACGAGGUGGCGGUUGUUGUUGGUCCUGGAGGAGUUCGUCUUGCCCAUACAGACAUCAAGAUUCCAGACUUUUCAGAUUACCGUCGACCUGAAGUUAUGGACCCCAACAAGUCCUCCAAAGAGAGCGGUGAUGCAAGAAAGGCAUUCUCUUACCUGAUGACUGGAGCUACCACUGUGGUGGGAGUUUACUCAGCCAAGACGGUCGUCACCCAGUUUGUCUCCUCCAUGAGCGCUUCUGCUGAUGUUCUGGCCUUAUCCAAGAUAGAGAUCAAGCUGAGUGAUAUCCCAGAAGGCAAAAACAUGACCUUCAAGUGGAGAGGAAAGCCUUUGUUUGUCCGUCACCGUACAGAGAAGGAAAUCGCCACAGAGCAGGCUGUAAAUCUUGCAGAGCUGCGUCACCCAGAGCAUGACAAGGAUAGAGUGGUCAACCCCAAGUGGGUCAUCGUUCUUGGUGUCUGCACCCAUCUGGGUUGUGUGCCCAUCGCAAAUGCCGGAGACUUUGGAGGCUACUAUUGUCCUUGCCAUGGUUCUCACUAUGAUGCUUCAGGAAGAAUAAGGAAGGGACCGGCUCCUCUUAAUCUAGAGGUUCCCAACUAUGAAUUCCCAGAUGAUGAAACAGUAGUGGUGGGAUAAAUACUGGAGCUCUGUCUCAGUUCCUCUCUGUAAUAUGUAUUUUCUGAUGGCUCUGUGAGAGAGUUGGGGUUCUGUAUUUACUAAUAAAGAAUAUUAUACCCAACUGCA